AUGACAUCUUAUACUUUCUCGUGUUAUGUUGUACUGAGUAAUUCAAAAUAGUAUGCACAACGAACAUUUUUGUCAAGUCUAUUUCCAUUAUAUGACAACGUUUAAUUUUCUAUUUAUAAAUGUAGCCUGAAUGACGUGUGGAGAAACUCAGUGAAACCUCAUAAUGGCCCAGAGAAAACCGUCUCUUGUUUUGUUUUUAAGUCACUGGAGCGUCGCCGGGAACUCGGUCUUUUAACCUCUGUGGUUUACGGAUACGACGUAGAAAAUAUCGACGGGAACAAAUAGCGGUCGUUUGUUUUAAACAACUUCGAGAUGAUUGAGGUGGUGGCAUCUAUGGCCAGAGGGCCUGUGUUUUUGGCCGGGGAGGUUUUAGAGUGUCUCAUAACCUUCACAAACCCUAUGUCACAUCUGUCUACAUCUGCCAGCAGUGAGAUGUUGGCUUGGGCCAGUGCUCAGAUUCACUGCCAGUUCCAUGCUAGCGAGAGUCGCGUGGCUCUGCCCGCUCAGGGCACCAAGCAGGACGUGCAAGCUGAGAGUGACACCGUGCUGAUACCAAGCAGAGGUGAACGAGGGCAGUGUGUGCUGGACACACCACCUAAGAUCUUGUUCUGUGACCUUCGUUUGGACCCUGGAGAGAGCAAGACAUAUACCUAUAGUGAGGUCGUGCCCUCUGACGGUCCACCCAGUUUCCGGGGUCAGGCAGUGAAAUAUGUGUACAAGCUCACAAUUGGCUGCCAGCGAGUCAAUUCGCCUAUCAAGUUACUGCGAGUCCCUUUCAGAGUUCUUGUGCUUCAUGGUAUGCCAGAGCCUCCGUUCCCUCAGGAUGAGGAAGUGGCUCCCUCAAACCCCUUCCUGGAGGAGGAGGAAGGAAGCCGGAGAGAUACAAGACCGCUAGAAAGAGCUCUGGAUAUGCUGAUGAUCACCACCUCACGUCGAUGCCCAUAUAUGUUCAACAUCACAAAUGUGCGGGGAAAAGUGGCUAAGUUCUGCAUCUUUAAGACUGUGUACAGGCUCGGAGAAGAUGUCAUUGGCACCUUCACGUUCUCAGAAGGGGAUAUUCCAUGUUUACAGUAUUCAGUAAGUCUGCAAAGUGAAGAGGAGGUCCAAGAGCUGUACCAGAGACGACCCGGCCAGGCGGUCAGUGUCACUGGUCAUGGCCGACAUGUAGAGUCCUGUUUGCACACAGCCUCCAGCCAUUUCUCUCUUCCUGUACCCCUCAACGUCACACCUGGAUUCACCACAGAUAUAGUGACGUUAAGAUGGCGACUGCAUUUUGAGUUUGUCACAGCGCGGGAGCCAGUGGAGGCACCGGUGGUUCUGCAGAAUCAGUCAGAAGUCACAGUAUGGACUGGGGCGGAGCAUGUGGAUGUGGACACCUUCAGUUGGGACCUGCCAAUCAAAGUGCUUCCCACCAAUCCAACGCUAGCUUCAUAUGUUUCACAGUUCACAGGGACAAACAGCAUCAACAUUUGAGUUGUGUUGGUAUUUGUGCUGGAAGAUCAUAAAACUAACAAGUUGUUGUGAGAUGUGUUGUUGUUACCAGUCUAUUCCAAAUUCUAAUGUAGCUUAUUUUUGGAGUUGUUUGUUCUUAUCUUUUGCCGUGCAAUGAGAUGAUAAUUCUUUAUUUAAGCAACUUUAACAUUUCAGCCUUGACCAACAGACUGCUUUACCUCUUGUAAUGUUGAAAUGUCUGUAUUUAUUGUCUAUAUUUCAAUGUAUGCUCCAAAAUAUAAUGACAUGCGGUUUCUGCUGUAUUUAAAUUACAAGCUAUUUUGUACAUUUCUCUAUAUGAAAAUCAUAACUGAAUAAAAUCUGUUCAGAGUUA